GGUGCGCUGUGUCCCUCGGACACAGCGGAUCACUGAUCAUGGAAAGAGCCGAAGAUGUCGGCUCGGUCAUGUGAUCAGCUGUGUCCAAUCACAGCUGAUCACAUCAGUGCCACCUGUCAAAGUCCAUCAGUGCCAGCUGUCAGUGCCGAUCAGUGCCACGUGCCAGUGCCUAUCAGUGCCACAUCAAUGCCACAUAUCAGAGCAUACCAGUGCACAUCAAUGUCACAUAUCAGUGCCCAUCUGAGCUGCCUUUCAGUGUCAUCCAUCAGUGCCAGUCAGUGCCACCUAUCAGUGCUGCCAAUCAGUGCCACCUAUCAGUGCCAGUCAGUGCCGCCUAUCAGUGCCAAUCAGUGCCACCUAACAGUGCCAUAUAUCAGUGCCAUGUAUCAGUGCUGCCUUUCAGUGCCCAGUGAUGCCUGUUAAUGCCCAUCAGUGCCACCUACCAGUGCCUCCUCAUCAGUG